AUGUGUAAUUUAGCUGCAUAUUAUAGGGAUGGAGUAGAAACAGAAAAGAAUUUAGAAAAAGCCCUUUAUUGGUAUCAAAAAGCAGCAGAAAAAGAUCAUACUAUUGCAAUGUUUAAUUUAGCUAAUUAUUAUUAUAAUGGAAAAGGAACAGAAAAGAAUUUUAAAAAAGCUUUUUAUUGGUAUCAAAAAGCAGCGGAAAACGGUCAAAUUCAUGCAAUGUAUAAUUUAGUUGCAUAUUAUAGAAAUGGAGAAGAAACUGAAAAGAAUUUAGAAAAAUCCUUUUAUUGGUGUCAAAAAGCAGCAAAAAAAGGUCAUAUUGAUGCAAUAUUUAAUUUAGCUGCUUGUUAUAGAAAUGGAGAAGGAACAGAAAAGGACUUUGAAAAGGCUUUUUAUUGGUGUCAAGAAGCAGCAGAAAAAGAUCAUAUUAUUGCAAUGUUUAAUUUAGCCAAUCACUAUUAUAAUGGAAAAGGAGCAGAAAUGAAUUUUGAAAAAGCCUUUUACUGGUGUCAAAAAGCAGCAGAAAAAGGUCAAAUUGAUGCAAUGUAUAAUUUAGCUGUAUAUUAUAGAAAUGGAAAAGGAGCAGAAAAGAAUUUUGAAAAAGCUUUUUAUUGGUAUCAAAAAGCAGCAAAAAAAGAUCAUAUUAUUGCAAUGUUUAAUUUAGCCAAUCACUAUCAUAAUGGAGAAGGAACAGAAAAGAAUUUAGAAAAAGCCUUUCAUUGGUAUCAAAAAGCAGCUGAAACAGGUCAAAUUGAUGCAAUGUAUAAGUUAGCUAUAUAUUAUAGAAAUGGAGAAGGAACAGAAAAGAAUUUUGAAAAAGCCUUUCGUUGGUGUCAAAAAGCAGCAGAAAACGGUCAAAUUGAUGCAAUGUGCAAUUUAGCUAAUUAUUAUUAUAAUGGAGAAGGAACAGAAAAGAAUUUAGAAAGGGCCUUUUAUUGGCAUCAAAAAGCAGUAGAAAGCAAUAAAAUGAACCAUAAAAAUGGCGUUGAAUUUUGUAAUGAAUGCAAGCAACCAAAUAAUAAUUACCAAUGGUGUCAACAAUGUAAUGCUAAGCAAUUUCAACAAGAUUUUUCAAAAUGGACUAGUAAAAAUGAAUUUAUUAAUAAAUUUAUUCAAGAAGCACAACUAAAUGCUAAAAAUAGUUACGAAAUUUUAGAGUGGAUACCUUAUAAUGAAUUGUCAAAUAUUAAGUAUUAUGACAAAGGAGGAUUCUGUGAAAUUCAUAAAGCUAUCUGGUCAGAUGGACCUAUUUUUAGUUGGAAUUUUGACAAACAACAAUGGAAUAGACAAACAUAUUAUGAGGUUAUUCUUAAAAAACUUAAUAAUUCAUCAAGUUUAAAUAAUGAAUUUCUGAAUGAGUGGAAAUAUCAUUAUAAUUGUCAGAAAAAAUCAUUUUCAAAAUUUAUACAGUUCUUUGGAUUUACCCAAGAUCCAAAUAAUUUAAAUUAUUUAAUAGUAAUGAGUUAUGCAAAAGAAGGAAGUUUGAGAAAAUGUUUAUCUGAUAUAAUUAAAUUCAAAUGGCAAGAUAAGUUACAAUUAUUGAAAAAAAUUAUAUUAGGACUUAAAGUAAUUCAUGAAUCAAAUUUAACUCAUGGUGACUUUCAUGAUGGUAAUAUUUUAAUAUCAGAUAAUUACAAUGAAUUAUUUGUUAUUGAUUUAGGAUUAUGUAAACCUAUAAGUGAUUUACAAAAUGCUGAUAAUGAUAAUAAUGAAAUUUAUGGAGUUUUGCCUUAUAUGGCACCUGAAAUAUUAAGGAAAAAACCCUAUACUUCAGCAAGUGAUAUUUAUAGCUUUUCAAUGAUAAUGUGGGAAUUUACAUCAGGCAUCCCUCCAUUUGACCAUGAAGGACAUGAUCAUGACCUUAUCUUAAGUGUUUAUAAAGGGAAACGUCCUAAAAUUGUAGAAAAUACUCCAAAAUGUUAUUCAGAUUUAAUGGAAAAAUGUUGGGAUUUAAAUCCUUCCAAUAGACCAACUAUAAUUAUGCUUGAAAAUAUUAUAUCCGAAUGGAUUAAAUAUAUUAAUAGAUAUUAUGAAGUAAAUAGGGAUGACAAGUAUCAAUAUGAAAUACCUGAUAUUGACAAUCAGUUAAGAAAUGAUAUGCUUGAAUUUGUAGAAGCAAAUAAAUCAUUAAUGCAAAAACAAGCAAAUACUUCUAGUAUUACUCAAUCUUAUUCUAAUUCACAAGCAUAUUAUACUGAAACUUCAAUUCAAGAAGGGUCUCAGGGGUUUGAUUGUAUGAUUGAUGAUCAUCAUUAA